AUGGCGCGUCGGUCUGGUCAAAGCGGCUUCAUUGUCAAGCACAAGAGACCCACCUUGUCCACCAAUUGGGAUUUUAAUUUCCCAGAUGCUGUUGCUGCUGCUGCUCCACCACACGUCCCCAGAUUCGAAGAGCUUGACACCACCAACAUGCUUCUCCUCCAAAGAAUCAUCUUCUUGGGCUCUCAGGUCUCUCCCUCUCUUGGGGACAUCCGAUGGAUGAAUCCCUCAGGAAGGUCUUUUGGUGUCUUCAUUUCGCAUGGUCUCUUCUUGGGUUCAAUUGGAGCUACACAUAACAGAGAUGAACUUAACAAUUUGAACUUCACUCACAUUUUGACCGUGGCUAGUUCAUUGGCUCCUACUUAUUCAAAUGAAUAUGUGUACCUAAAACAACAAUUUGAUGAAUGUUUCAAUUAUAUUGAAGAAGCUAAAAGAUCUGGUAGUGUGUUGGUUCAUUGCUUUGUGGGAAAAUCUAGGAGUGUGACUAUUGUUCUUGCUUAUCUGAUGAAAAGACAUGGUAUGAGUCUAAAUGAAGCUCUUGAACAUGUGCGGAGCAGACGACCACGGGCAUCUCCCAAUGCCAGUUUCCUCACUUCCUCCAUGAAAUCACAUUGCUUCUAA